AUGACACCGGACCCAGACGCAAUCGCGGAUUGCGUCCUAGCGACAUUCCAUCAGCUGCCUGAUAAGCGCAAGCCUAGACCCCAAUCCGACGGUGCGCGUGAAUGGGUACCCCUCGCCGGCAUUGUGCUAGCCGAUAAGCAUGGCAAGCUGUCCUGUGUUUCGUUAGGAACCGGCAUGAAAUGUCUGCCCUCCAACAAACUCCCUCUAGCCCACGGUAACGCCCUGCACGACUGGCACGCCGAAGUUCUCGCCAUCCGCGCCUUUAACCGCUUCCUCCUCGACGAGCUCAUCCUCCUUCUGACACCUCCCCACACACCCUCCGCCUACCUCCGCGAGAUCACCCCUGAAGGCCGAACACCCUCCCAACCCCAGCCCUUCACCCUCCGCGACGACAUCCGCAUUUACAUGUACUGCUCGGAAGCCCCCUGCGGCGACGCAAGCAUGGAGCUAACCAUGGCGGCGCAAGAAGACGCAACGCCAUGGACCUCGCCUGUGCCAACCGUCUCCUCAAAUUCCACUCCCACUCCAAAUCUAACCUCUGCCACAUGUCUCCCAAAUCCCGAAGAAAUGGAAGUCCUCACAGCAUUGCGAGGUCGCACCCACUUCUCCCACCUCGGCGCCGUCCGCUGCAAGCCCUCGCGCCCGGACGCGCCCGCCACCCUCUCCAAAUCCUGCACCGACAAGCUCGCCCUCGCACAAGCGACCUCGCUCCUCUCCGGCCUAACCUCCCUACUUAUCUCCCCGCGGAACGCGUAUCUGCACUCCCUCAUCCUUCCAGCCUCUCAACAAGUACACACCGCCUGCACCCGCGCAUUCAGCUCCGACGGCCGCAUGGCUCCUGUCGUGGAGCAGGCACCUACGUGGGGCGGCGGGUACCGGUGGUCUCCAUUCUCGGUUCUCAGUACGUCGCGGGAAUUUGCCUGGAGUCGACGGAUGGUGCCUCCUUCAUCCAAAGCUGUGAGCAGUAAUCUCAGCGCAGUGUGGACGCCGAGCUGGCAGGAGACGGUGAUUGGGGGCGUACUGCAGGGACGCAAGCAGUUUGAUCCGAGGGGCGCCAGUAGGAUUUGUCGCAGGGGACUAUGGGAGGGUGCGGUGCGGGUUGCGACUGUUGGGGGAAUAUCUGCUCUAACCCAUAUCCUUGAAAUGAGUGCAUACAAGGACGUGAAAGAGGGUGAGGCGUUGGAGGCGAGG